ACGUCACGCUCAUUUCCAUGUAUGGUGCUGGUCUGUGGUGUCGGUGAGAGUCAGCCCAGCCUCAGUGUUGAGAUCAGCAGCAGCGGCCGGAGAGAAGCCCCGCGGAGAGUUGAAAAAAUGAAUGUGGAACACGAAGUAACACUUCUUGUAGAAGAGAUUCGUCGGCUUGGCAGCAAAAACUCAGAUGGCAAGACCAGCGUCAAAUUUGGAGUCCUGUUCAGUGACGACAAGUGUGCCAACCUCUUCGAGGCGCUUGUCGGAACAUUGAAAGCAGCCAAGCGAAAGAAGGUCAUCAUGUUUGAGGGGGAACUCUUACUGCAAGGAGUUCACGACAACGUGGAUGUCAUAUUGCUGCAGGAAUGAACUUGACAAGCUCUCCCCAUUCAAAUAAAAACAGCAAUUUUGAGAGAUUUAUAGUGAGUGAGAAUUUUGAUAUCAUGCGCUCAAGAAUGUAUCAUUUUUCUACAUUGGAAUAAUUUUUUAUAAAGCUGUUUGAAGGGAAUGAGUUGUGUUGAGUUUUUUUUUUUUUUUUAAACGUGCAACACCCAUUUAUUAUUGAUGUGGUUAAGUUGCUACCUCUUGUAUUCAUUUUUUUUGUAUACAUAUCUGCAAAAACCAAAUGUAUCUUUGCCUUUUGGCACAUAUCAGUCUUGUACUGUAUGGGUAUGUGAGCAUGAAUUAUGUAUGCUUCACAUCUGUGUGAUUUCCACUGUUUUAAUGUCCUAUAGACUUGGCAAAUAACUUUCUGGUGCAAUACUUGUACUGUGAAAACGACCAUUAUAUUAUUUGUGCCAAAUGUUCAGUUGAUAUACGUGAAUAAAAUUAUUAUUUUUUUCUAUUUAGGAGAUCUGAAAGUAAAUGUAACAUUUGAAAGCUUUUCAAAUAUAGAAAAUGUUAAUCUUUGAAAACAAUUAUAUACCUCAUGGGGUUUAUAGCACACAUUUCUAUAAGGUAUUUUAGAUGAUAUUAUUAAAAUGCCAAGCACCUUUUGAAUCAGGCUCAGUUACUCAUUUUGGGGGUCGAAUGUCUUUUUAAACACAGCCACUUUUUGGACAGAUAUGACUGCAUCUUAUUAAAGUGUUUUAAUUAGCAAUAAAGAAAUUAGCAAGAAUUGAACCUAUUGUUGAAUUAGGUUGGUGCAUUUUAAAUGUAUCAUGAAAUGUCAAAGAAAUGUACUGGACUCAUAUGGUCUGAAUCUCAGAUGGUUGUCUUUACAGGCAUAUAACUCUUCCCAGGUGUUGAGGCCAUCAUUUAAUGAUACAUGACAUGCUCUCCAUUAGGAGCAGGGAAAAAUCUGAGAUUCAGACUGAGACCUUUGCCUUUAUAUUAGCAUCUUUUUAUCAUUCUGUUCAUUAAAAUGUACCACUUGAAGUCUCUCGAAA